UGAAUGAAACCGAUAAAAGCGCGUGAUCCUUGAAAGCGCUGAGCUAGAAACAACCGUUUGACAACAACUACGGAUUGAUGACUUCAGAAAACGAAGUUAGAGAAAAGAAAAAACGGUUUUAAUCGUGAUCGUGAAUCGUAAUUUUUUCGCGCGAGUAGUCGUGUCCCUUUGAGACGAAUUUUACGAAUCCUCAAUAACUUUGCAGCCAAUUGCCUGCAUCAACGACAGCGACAAUAGCAUCAACAACAGUGGAUACACGUAGUCCCGCAAACCGAGCGGCCACCAACCCAGUAAGCCGGCACCUGGUUACUACGUGCCGGUUGCGCGGAUCGGACGCUUCGCAUAGAAGCCUCUCGCGCGUUGGCCCUUUCCCUUAGACGCCGCCCUUAGCUUACCGUUUGCCAGCUGACCCUUUACCUCUCUCUCGCGGUCGUCUGCCUCGCCAGCGAAGUAAGGGCCACCGCAGCCGCUGGUUCUCAAUUGAUGCUAUGCCGAUCGCAGCGUCGCCAGCGGAUAUCUUGCCGUGUCCUUGAUUGUCUCCUUGUGGCUGCCUUCGCCUGUAACGUCUUGCCUGUUUGCGUCGUUGAUCACGCACAGCGAGUCUCUGAGUGUGGCAUUCUGCCCAAGUCAGUCCAGUUAUUGAAACCAACGGUCUAAUCAGUGCUUCUCAUAAUUGAACAACAACACUUGCGGAGAAGCCCUCGAAAAACACUUCGAAAAUGGCCGGUAACUUCAAUUAUUUGUCGCCGGAGCUGCAAGCUGAACUUCGCGCAACUGCUAACAAAAUCGUCGCCCCUGGCAAGGGCAUUCUUGCUGCUGAUGAGUCGACAGGCACAAUGGGUAAGCGCCUUCAGGCUAUCGGUGCUGAGAACACGGAAGAUCUUCGUCGCAAAUACAGACAGCUACUGUUUACCUCGGACAAGUUGAUGGACUCAUGCAUCUCUGGAGUGAUCCUCUUCCACGAGACUCUCUAUCAGAAGGCCGACGAUGGAACACCCUUCGUGAAGAUCCUUCAGGACCGCGGAAUUAUUCCUGGAAUUAAGGUUGACACUGGUGUUGUACCGUUGAUGGGCACUAACGAAGAAACCACCACUCAAGGACUUGACGACCUCAGCAAGCGCUGCGCUCAGUACUACAAAGACGGUUGCCGCUUCGCCAAAUGGAGAUGUGUGCUCCGCAUCCGCAAAGAUGCCCCCACGCCGCUCGCUAUUCUCGAGAAUGCCAACGUUCUCGCCAGGUAUGCGACGGAAUGCCAGAAGAACGGCAUUGUGCCAAUUGUCGAACCCGAGAUCCUUCCCGACGGCGAUCACAACCUCGUAACCUGCCAAAAGGUUACCGAGAAAGUUCUGGCUGCAGUUUACAAGGCUCUCAACGAUCACAAUGUCUUCCUUGAGGGCACUCUGCUCAAGCCGAAUAUGUGCACCCCAGGCCAGUCCUGCGCGGAGAAGAGUGGACCAAUUGACAUUGCCAAAGCCACCGUCACGGCUUUGCAGCGCACUGUGCCAGCUGCUGUUCCUGGCAUCGUAUUCCUCUCCGGCGGCCAGUCCGAAGAAGAAGCGUCGGUUAACCUUGACGCUAUGAACAAACUGCAAGGGAAGAAGCCUUGGGCGUUGUCUUUCUCGUACGGCCGCGCUCUCCAGGCAUCCGCCAUCAAGGCAUGGGGCGGAAAAGACGAAAACAUCAAGGCCGGCCAGGACGAGUUCCUUAAGCGUGCGAAGGCGAACUCGGACGCUAGCCUUGGGAAAUAUGAAGGCGGCGUCAAGGGUGCUGCCGCUGAGGAUACCCUCUUUGUCAAGAACCACCAAUACUAAACCGCGUAGAGCUUGAGAAUAAUUAUUCAUGCCAUAAUGAACGCAUACAGUAAUUAAAAAAAAGCGAUUUCUGCGAGAUCAGAAAGAAACACGCAGGUCUUUUAUGGCAACGGGAAAGCCAUAUGAGGAACACGCAGGUCUUUUAUGGCAACGGGAAAGCCAUAUGAGGCACACGGUCGAGUAACCGGAUUGAGAUACGCGAUAUACGAAAUAAUCUUAUUAUAUUAGAAACGCCGCGACUGCACCAAAAAUCAAAUAUUUAAUAAGUUUUAAUAAACGAUAUUGCUCCAUCGUGGUGGAAUGACAAGCAAAAUAACAAACCAUUCAUUAUGAUCUUACGGAUUGAUAAAUCAUCUACUCGCACAUUAACACUUAAUAAUCCUUGAUUAUUUUGAUAAGUCUCCGGGAUCCGUUGUGGUGUGGUAUAUAGGAAUAAAUAGUUAUUGUAUCAGUAAAAAAAAAAAUAGUCUGUAUUGACGAACUGAAGACGUGUCGAAGAAUCAUGGCAGUCCUUACCUAGAGAAAGCGACUAUCGACUCAUAUCGAUUCAUUCAAACAUAUACGACUAUAGAAUACUUAGAAA